GCAAUUGACAGGAACGUUAGAAACAGUUACGAUAAUACAGACAUUGCUUGAGUAGCACACUGAGAACAGGCACACACCUUAAUAUUGUGUCUGUUAUAUAUCUCUUUUGCUAUUAAUAUUAGCAUAUGGGUUAUAGCUCAUCCAUACAAAAGCAGCAAAAUAUGACAGUGCGAUCCCUAUGACACUUUCCGUUUGGAUUUGACGUCUAAUUAAAGCAACCAAACACGACAGCAAUUGGGGGGAACGUCAUCUGGGCGCGCUCGCCAGCGGAGCUCUUGUUAUUUCCACGAUGGAAUCAAACAGGGACGAAGCCGAGCGCUGUAUCGAAAUUGCCGAGGCGGCCUUCAGACAUAAGCAGGUGCAGAAAGCUGUGCGUUUUCUUGAGAAGGCACAAAGGCUAUUCCCGACAGCUAAAGCACAAGCUUUGAUAGACGCCGUCACGCAGAAUGGACAGCCAUCAAGCAAAAACCACCAGUCCAAGUACAAUGAGUCCACAGGCCCCCAACACAGGAGAGGUGGGGAUGAGGCUAGUUCAGCCAGUGGGGAUAAGGGUGGAGACAGUGGGAAGCCAUACUCGCCAGAUCAGCUGGAAGCUGUCAAAAGGAUAAAGCACUGUAAGAACUACUAUGAGAUUCUUGGGCUCAGCAAAGAUGCUACAGAAGAAGAUUUGAAAAAGGCUUAUAGGAAACUGGCGUUAAAGUUUCACCCAGAUAAAAACCAUGCUCCUGGGGCUACAGAUGCAUUUAAAGCUAUUGGGAACGCAUACGCAGUGCUGAGUAAUGCAGACAAGCGAAAGCAGUAUGACCAGUUUGGUGAGGAGAAAGUUCACACGUCUCGGCAUGGCCACUCACACUCAGAUUUCCACCGCGGCUUCGAGGCGGACAUCUCACCAGAGGACCUCUUUAACAUGUUCUUCGGAGGUGGCUUUCCGUCAAGUAAUGUUCAUGUGUACAGUAAUGGGAGAAUGCGCUACACACAUCAACAGAGACCAGAACGGAGGGAACAACAGAGAGAUGGGGGGCUGGCUCUUUUCGUACAGCUGAUUCCCAUCCUGAUCCUCAUCAUAGUUUCAGCGCUGAGCCAGUUGAUUGUCUCCAGCCCUGCCUACAGUCUCAGCCUUAGGCCGUCAGUGGGCCACACUCAUAGACGACUAACGGAACUCCUGAAAGUGCCUUACUAUGUGUCGGCACACUUUUCCGAGGAAUACACUGGGAUGAAUCUAAAAAAUGUGGAGCGGAAUGUAGAGGAUGAUUAUAUUUCCAGCCUCAGAAACAACUGCUGGAAAGAAAAACAACAGAAGGAAGGUUUGCUGUACAGAGCUCGGUAUUUUGGAGAUGGCGAGCUUUACCAGAGGGCACAGAAGAUGGGCACUCCUAGCUGUAGCAGACUCUCAGAAGUCCAGGCUUCAUUGCGUGGUUAACGACACCGCUGCCACAAAGACACGUUGUUUUUGGGGAGUCACUGAAGCCUGAUGAACAGUGCUGUUGGACUGUAUUAUAAAUAAAAUAAUUUCUUGUCCGAGCCUUCACCAAAAUUGGACUGUAAAAAAUAUAUAAAAGGUCCUUGUCAUAAUACAAGUCCAUGGGACAACACAUUUAGCCGAAAAAAAGGCUAGACUGCCCUUUACCCGUCACGCUUUUCUAGUUGAACCAAGACUUUCACAAGAUCUGUAAUCAUGGAAACACAUGGAAACCCAAAAGGCUGGGUGCUAGAAGCUAGUUGGAGAUCACACUCUUGUCUUCCAACAGGAGAACAUUAAUACACUUAAAAGGAAUGAAGCAACAGAAAUCUGAAAAUGAAUUGGAAUUAAUUUAUUAUGAUGCAACAACUGUUUUUGAUUGGCAUGUAUCCAUGUCUGAGAAUGGCUUUAGAUUCCCUUCAAUGUAUUCCUGGGCGAGUGUUUAAAUCAUGAAUUCAGUAUUAAUCAGUACAGAAUGGAGGGUUAAACUGUAGCAUUUGUAGCUUUUUUUUUUUUCUCAGCCAGCCACUGAUUGUGCCAGUCAAUGACAAUUAUUGUUUCAUCUCCAUAGUUUAUAUUUGUAUAUGUGUUGUACUUUUAACUAUGCAGGGACUAGAUUUAAAUUAUUUAGCUUCCUUCUUUCUAAUUAAAUUAAUUGUACCAUGUGAAUUGAAGUACGCCAAUUAGUAUUUAAAAUAAUUACAUCAGUAAAUAUGCUCUAUUUAUUAAAACUGAAUCAUCUGAAAUCCUGUUUUUGUUUUGUUUUUUUUUUAAGAUGAUUAAAGCGUGUGCUUAUUUUAGCGGACAACUUCAGUUUUGCUUUGUUGUGGAUAUAUCUGGGUGUAUUGAAAUAAUGGACAAUACUUUAAAUGAUACUUACAUCUGUAAUGUAUAUUUGAACAAAAAAGCAAAUCAAAAUAGCGCUUAAAAUAUUUGGUUAUGAAGUGAGUAAUAUACAGGGUGAUUGAUAAUACCUUUAGGGAAUAUCAACAAAGUGUUUUUAUUUUAUUUUGUUUUUCUGAAAGUAUAAUACAUAAAAGGCUUAACUACAAAAGAGUGUUGUAAAAAGAGAAGGGAAUUUGAUGUCAAAUAGACAUGAUUAUGGGGCACUGCAGAUGUAACUGUCUAUUUCUUUAACAACAGACUUCCAUCAGAAACCUCACUGAUAUUUUAACUGCAGCCAUCUGGAAAUAAAGCAAAACAAAACAGAACCCAAACCUUCAAAGAAAUAGACAUUAAACCACCCUGGUCUCUCCACCCCACUAAUGGCAAACAUGUUCCAACUUUAUACCCCAAAGGAGACUCUCUUUUAAAAAUAAAUGUACUUUAAAGCACUGGAACAUAUUUCUUCAGAGUCAUAUCAGUUUCAUCAGUACCCACUUCCGCUACGGUAGAUGUGUUUAAAGACAGAUUUUAGAACUGCAUGGUCGGUAUUCUUUAUUUCAUUGAAUACUGACAGAACUGGAGCAAUUUUGUGUUCCCAAAUAGGAUGUACUAACGACAACAAAAAAAAGUUUAAG